UUAGAAUUAAAUGUACUUACCUAAUAUAUAAAAAUUCAUCUGUAUAUGGAUAUUUUUUAUCUGCUCUCACAUAAAUGUGUAAGAGGGAGCACCAUGAAACUUUGGUAUUUCCAAGGUAAAGGCAGAUGUCUUCCCCUCCUAUCCCUUUUCUCUACCUGGGAACUUCUACAAAAGUUGAUAUAAAUAAAAAUGCUUUUCAGUUAAUUUAAUCUGAAUUGUAGGCAGCCCAAAAACUUCACUCAUUUUGAUGGUAAAUUCAGUAUUCUCAAUGUGUCAGAUUUGUGUACCCACAGUGCAUAACAGUCAAAGAAUUGGCAGAGGAAGAAACUGCAGUUUUGGCAACUAGGUAAGGGGCUUUUUGUACCCAGUGAGGCAUGGGGAGACAGUUUGGAUUUCAACACAGGCAGAAAACAUUCUGACCACAUGCUUACACGAUCAACAAUGAAGCAACAAAAUAUUGACAAGCCACUACUGUAUUUUGAUGCAUGUAACCUAGAGGUUAUCAGUUUAAAAACAAAACUGCAAUUCAGCAGCACUGUAAGAAUCUGGAUAUGCACAGAUAAUACAAGGGGAAGUUUAUUCUAGGACCUGUCUCCUUCAGAGUUUCACAGUGUCUGAUUUCCCCAUAGCCUACAUCCUUUCCCAUAGUUUGCUCUCACCAUGCCACUAGUCCCUCAGUUUCAGAUUUGUGUAUGCUGUCUGAGUACAGAAUGUAUAAAAUAGAAGAUGGUAUUAUCUUCGGCUUUCAGAGUUAAUUGCUCAUUAGAACUAGGCUUUCUUAGGAAAGAAAAUACGAUACAGGAUAUUUGGUUUUGUGGUGAAUUUUUGGGAUUCUUUUGCCCUAGGAUGUGAUGUAAUUCUGUAAACUUAAAAGCAAAAAGCUUUCAACAUUUGUCCUCUGAAGUCUCUGAGGAGCACAUAUAAUGCCACAUUUUGCAGCAUCAUCUAGGGCUUCAGAAGUGUAAAAAUUUUGAUCUAAUGUGUAGUAUGUAGAAGUAUUUUAAUGUUCAUAUUGUCAGAUGAGCACCACAUUUAAAUGUGUAGCUACAGUCCAUGGAGCUUGGAAUUUCAGACAUUGUUUCUAUUAUCCUUUGAAUAGAAACAGUCAAAGAAUGGAUCUGGAAGCCGGCAGGAAUUUGACAUCUGAGCAAAAAAUAAAGUGUGUUUAGCUCCCUUAUUUUUCUUUCUUUGUGAGAAAUUGAUAGGAUGACUUUUGAUUUUUUUCUAAUUUUAAAGAAUCACUUUUUCCUCAUUUAAUUCUUAUUUCUGUGCAGUAGUGAAAUGCCAGCUUUUUCUACUCUUUCUGAUAUUUUCACAAGCGAAGUCUUUGAGUCUUCAUUUCACUAGCUUGAAGUCUUCAGCUAAAUGACACUAAACCAAACCCAUUUAUACACUAUUUUGUCACUGAAUUUGCUAUCAUUACUUCAGAAGUAUGGCACCCAGAGGCACUGAGUCUUGGCUAACAUAUCUUCAGGUAUUUAUUCACUAUUCUAGUAUUGACUCUUCCCUUCCAACAAAUUGUGCCUAUAACGUUGCAGUUUUGUCUAAUGGAACAAGAAGAUAGGGCUUCGAUUUUGAGGAGCAGAGAAAUGAGGGAAAGGGUGGGCAUAGGAUCAAAUCAUAAUGAUGUAGUGGUUUUCUUCAGUAAACUAAUCAAUCUCAGUAACAUUUUCUAGACUUUGUGUUGCCAGCAUUGUCUUUCAUCGAACCUACCAUGGCAGGUGGGGCAUUUUACUGGCUGCUGGAAAAGCUAAAGAUGAGUGAAAAACCAGAAGGAAUGAGUUCUCGUCUUCCUGGAUAGGGCCAGAAUUUAGUGUUGGUCUAUAGAUUCAUGUCAUCUAGGAAUCACACCCUAUAAUCUGUUGUUCUAAUCAUAUAAAUCUGAAAAGUUUUUCUCUGCAGUCUCAUUUUAGACAAAAGCAUGAAAUGGACCCUAGGAUCAGUUUAACAUUUGAAUAUGAUGGGCUUUACUCAACAUGGCAUUUUUCAAGUGGGAAGCCUGUAAUAUGUGUCUAAAGGUAGAUUGAGCAAUUUAAUUUACUGAAAGCUGAAGAAUUGACCUGUGCUCCCUAAUACCUAUUUGCAUAUUCUUAACAAUGGUGCUUAGCAGAUAGCUUACACCUUUUUCUUUAAAGAGAAAGCUUACUUGCAUUUAUCACAUAGUAAGAGCAUGCAUGAAGUAGUUGCUGUUGAGUAUCUGAUGAAUAUCUGUGAGAAAUUCAUGUCCUCUCUUAUUUUGCAGUUUAUGCAUAUCUCUUUGUAUUACAAGGCCUAGCUCCUUUUAAUUAACCACACUACUGGCAAAAGAUAAGAAAUGUUCUCUUUUUACAUUUUUUUUCAGAGGUUGGAAACGUUAUUUAUGAAAAAAACGAUUGACAUACUGUAACUGUGCAAGUUUAAAUAGAGCAGUGUAUACUGGCCAGUCAGAAUAUUGCAGUCAUUGACAGAGGAGAAAGACGUGAUCACAGCUGCUCCAGCAUGCAGUCCUUGAUGCUCUGAGAGGUUAUUUUGUGGUUAUAUCGACCAUAUAACCACAUGUUAGACUCCAAUUAACCAUUCCUCCUGGAGUGCUCCGAUAUACCCAGCUGCCUCUGCAGCACUCACUCCCCACAGUCAAAUAUUUCUGCAUUUCACAGUGUACCCACUUUUAUCCAGAUUUAACUAGAAGCCUGGAUUGUGUAUAUAAAUGCAUCUCACAGUUCCUUGAUCAACGUGCUAUGUCUGUUUUAAUGAUGAAGCAGCUGAGGUGUGCUGAUCAGUGUUCUUAAAGAUUAUAAAAUGGUUUUCAGUAAAUCACUGGGGUUUUUUCCCUUUCUUGGUCAUUUAUAGACUCUGUAUAUCUGGAUUUUUAGACAAAGUAUUGUUUCCAGAACAGUCUGUGUUUUGCUUCUAUAAAAGGAAUUGGUUUUGAUGAUUUUUGAAUUACCAGAUCUUCCUAGCUUUGAUUUUUUUGGCAGGUCUGGAGAAAAAUUGUAGUUGGCAUAGAAGUUGAGAGUGUCAAUAGUAAAGCACAAGGUGAAGAGAGUGAAAUCAGCUAUUAAAAAUAUUUAUGGAUGAAGGAAUCUCUUGACUUCACACCUUAGUAUUGCAGAUUUGGAAAGUGCUUGUCUGAACUUCAAGGUCUUGGUCUGCCAUUUUGGGAGACAAGGAGUUAGUUGGGGGUGGAAAGACUGGAGCUUGUAUUCCUUCUGCUCUGUUACCCAUUGCUAUCUUCAUGGAUCUGACACUCUGUUUAUCUGACAGUGCACUCAGUACUGCUUCGCCAGGGAAAAUUGCACAAAACAAGCCUAGUGCAUCAGCAUUUUCAUUGUGUAUUAAGCUGAGCCUCCCUUCACAUGGUCACAUCCCCUUUUUAAUCUGGGAUUCCAUGUCCCUUUCCCAGUCCAGCCUGUUUCUGUGGUGUCUAUUGCUGGUCUCCCUGAAUUUCUGUUUCUGUGGUUUGAGUGUUUUUUGUGUGGCUGAGAGUUAAGACCUGCAGGACUUUUGGAAGUGGUGUUGUUUAGGGGUUAGUACAUUGAUUUAGUGUUAGGAGUUUGUCACAGACUGAGGUGAUGGCCGCGUUCAAGUUGGAUUUUCUCCCAGAGAUGAUGGUGGACCAUUGCUCCUUGAAUGCAAGCCCUGUUUCAAAGAAAAUGAAUGGCACACUGGAUCACCCAGACCAACCUGAUUUAGAUGCUAUCAAAAUGUUUGUGGGUCAAGUCCCACGGAGCUGGUGUGAGAAGGAUCUAAGAGAACUUUUUGAACAGUAUGGUGCUGUCUAUGAAAUCAAUGUCUUGCGGGACAGGAGCCAAAACCCUCCUCAAAGCAAAGGGUGCUGUUUUGUUACAUUUUAUACCCGUAAAGCUGCACUAGAAGCACAGAAUGCUCUUCACAACAUGAAGAUCCUCCCAGGGAUGCACCAUCCUAUCCAGAUGAAACCAGCUGACAGUGAAAAGAGUAAUGCAGUAGAAGAUAGGAAGUUGUUUAUUGGAAUGAUAUCCAAGAAGUGCAAUGAAAAUGAUAUUCGAGUGAUGUUCUCCCCCUUUGGGCAGAUUGAAGAAUGCAGGAUAUUACGGGGCCCGGAUGGCCUGAGCCGAGGUUGUGCAUUUGUGACUUUUACAACAAGAGCCAUGGCACAAACAGCAAUCAAAGCAAUGCACCAAGCACAAACCAUGGAGGGUUGCUCUUCUCCCAUUGUUGUAAAAUUUGCAGACACGCAGAAGGACAAAGAGCAGAAACGAAUUGCUCAGCAACUUCAGCAACAAAUGCAACAGAUCAGUGCUGCCUCAAUAUGGGGAAACCUGGCUGGUCUCAACACACUUGGACCCCAGUACUUAGCACUUUAUUUGCAGCUCCUUCAGCAGACAGCAGCUGCUUCAUCUGGGAACCUGAACACACUGAGCAGCCUCCACCCAAUGGGAGGACUGAAUGCGAUGCAGUUACAGAACCUGGCUGCAUUGGCAGCUGCGGCCAGCGCAGCUCAGAACACACCGAGUGGCACCGCUGCACUCACCUCCUCCAGCAGCCCCCUGAGUGUGCUCACCAGCUCAGCAGGUUCCUCACCUAGUUCCAGUAGCAGCUCCUCUGUUAAUCCAAUGGCUUCCCUUGGAGCAUUGCAGACGCUGGCAGGUGCUACAGCAGGCCUCAACGUUAGCUCUUUAGCAGGAAUGGCAGCCUUAAAUGGAGGACUUGGCAGUGGUGGUCUCUCAAAUGGGACAGGCAGCACAAUGGAAGCCCUCACACAGGCUUAUUCUGGAAUCCAGCAAUAUGCUGCUGCUGCACUGCCCACACUCUAUAACCAGAGUCUCUUAACACAGCAGAGUAUUGGUGCAGCAGGAAGUCAAAAAGAAGGUCCAGAAGGAGCCAAUCUGUUUAUCUACCAUCUUCCCCAGGAGUUUGGGGAUCAGGAUCUGCUGCAGAUGUUCAUGCCAUUUGGAAAUGUCGUCUCUGCCAAGGUUUUCAUUGACAAGCAGACCAAUCUAAGCAAGUGUUUUGGUUUUGUGAGUUACGACAAUCCCGUCUCUGCGCAGGCUGCUAUUCAGUCAAUGAACGGCUUCCAGAUCGGCAUGAAGCGGCUGAAAGUACAGCUCAAGCGCUCCAAGAACGACAGCAAGCCAUACUGAGCACCCCUCCCCUCUGGGACUGGAGUGAGAAGGAUCUUCUGGUAAGUUGGAGAGGAGCGCACUUAGUGAUUCGAAGCCCUAAGGCUGUGUUUUUACAGUCCUGGAAGCUGAUCCAUGCCUUCUAUCUGGCACAUCUUCCCUUGAAGACUCUGCUGCAGCCUCUGCUGAGAAUCCCGCUUCGGAUGGAGGACAAGUUUGUGCUUUUGUUUCCAGUGUUUUACUUUGGAGUUUAGGUGCCAUAUCGCUGAGGUUUUUUUUGUUUAGUUUUGUUUUGUUGGUUUGUUGUUUUUUUUUUUUCUCCCUUAUUUGAAGUUUGCUGUGUUUGUAACCAGUGUGUGUUGAGAAGGACCAAUGCCAGCUCCUUGGGGGUGGGGAGAGAAGGUUAAAGGGAGCAGCAGAAAUUGACACCACACUGCCUUGGGGUAGAGAGGAGAAGGGAAAGCAGAAAUAACACAGAACAGCUGAUGAAAACAAAGAUGGGCAAAGAGAACAGAGUCCUGGGUGAGAAAGAACCAGCUCCAUGCAGCCUUUGUCAUGCCCUAUCCGUUCUUUGAAAUUUCCUUACUGUAUGCCACAGUGGGGAUUUAUUAAAUCAUCUCUAAAGGAGACAGGCUAAAAGGGUGAACAAAUUAACAUGCCAAAGGAAAACUGCAGUGAUUUCUUUUUCUUUGCUGUAUAUAAACUAGUGUUUAUGUAGCACUGUGAAUGUACACAGCACUUUAUAAAAAUAUUAGAUAAUGUCUCUGCUCAGAAAAUUUCACUCUGUCUACAGUGGAAUAUUAAUGAGAUGCAGUGAAUUUCUCCAUGUAUAAGAAAACCUAUGUACUUCAUCUAGGUUUUGUGGAAAAGUAGAGGCAGCUUAGUCUAGAUGAAUACAUCUGGGUCUGGAAACAAGAAAUUUUAGAUCCUUGGUAACCUGCAGAAAUUUUUGACAAUUUUUCUUCUUAACAGUUGAUCACAUUCCCCAUUUCUGUGGAAUAAUGUCUUUUUUUUGCAGAGAUUGCUAUGAAUCCCUUUCCAUAAGCGUAGUGUAAGUGCUGAUUGUUUAUUGAAAUGAUAACUUCCUGUUUUAUUGGGUUUUUUUAUUGUGGUUUUUUUUUUAAUGAACAAAACUCAUACAGUGACUUGGUCUAGUAAUCAGGUGUAUCUCUCUGCUGCAGUUUUCCUUUAAGGUGGUGUGUACCAGUGCAAAACAGGCUAAACCAGGAGCUGUGGAACCAGAGUAUUGAGCCAUUCAGUCUUUUUCUGCCUUUUGAUACAAGAUGUUACCUUUUAUAUUGAAGGAAAAUUGAAUACACCCCUUAACUGAACACACUUCUUCUGCACACCAGUGGAAUUGCUAGUGCAUUGCUAAGGGCCUUUAAUAUUCACUGGUUUUAAGGGGCUCAAAGGACUUUUGACACUCUGGCCUGAGCUGUUUCAAGAAAUCUGUGUAGAGUUCCAUUUUAUAACCACCAAAAUCCACCUCUGUCACAAGAGGAAGUUUACCAUUUCUGUGUCUUUAACAGAAGUUUGAUUUACCUCAUAAUAUCGCCUUUUCCUUGUUUUCUUUGUAUUCCUGGGUUGUCAGGCUGUUUCCCAGGGCUCCAGCUAACACUGCAGUCUGGGAGGCAGCUGCAAAAUGAGGUGUAUGGGUCAGACGUGUGUUCUGCUCCAGCAGGAGGAGCACUAAACCCAUCAAACCUGGGAUCUCGAGUCUGAAUCCCCACUUGUGUGCAGUGAUCUGUUGGGCAUUUCCAGGGAUUGGGCUCCCUGGGAUCUCAAACCUCAAAAUUAGAACAAGGCCUGAUAUGUAACAUCCGAGAGGAGCUCUUUCCAGUUCUUAGAUUGCAAAUCAAACAGUUGAUGUCAGUCUGUCCAUAUUGAUGGCAGACAGGUAAAUCUGUCAGUAUUAUUUAAAUAAUUUUGUGGUGGCAAAGUUUCAAAGGCCAGAUUGCCAAAUUUCCCAGUUAUGCUGGCAUGUGGUACCCUUCUAUGUUAAUUAUUUGAAUCUCUCUAGAAAAGUGAACAUACACUGAAGUGAACCAUGUACACUUGAAUUCUGCACCAUAGGAAAGAUGUGUCCUGGUUUUCUGAGAAAAGAGUGUUGGAGUGUGAAGGCCUCCAGGGUGAUAAUGGGAUUUUUUAUAUAUAUAUAUAAAUUAUAUACUUUUCAAAAAAAAGGAAAAAAAAAAAAACAUAAAAAAACAUAGUUGGGAGCAACUGCUCCAAGUGCAACCUGCUGUAACCAAGAAUGUUGUUUCUAUUUUUAUAGAAGUUUUAUACCGCUCCAGGGUGGAGAAUAUUUAUUACCUAAAUUAUUUCACUGGAAAAAAAGGCCAGGGUUUUGUAGAAUCCUGAAUGUGAUUGUUUUACACACAUAAUGAUGUGCAUGAUUGAAACUACUGAUUUUCAGUGGCCUGUUUGCAGCCCAACAACUGCUAAACAAGGAAGAUGAAUGCUGUGAACCAGUGGAGGAGAGCACUGUGCUCUGGGGUCUCUACAGUCACUCUUACCUUCUUUGCACCCUACCCCACUGUACUAUCCAAGACCUUUGUCCUGUUUUUCUUUUAACCUGAUGCUCUGGCCUCUUUAUUAGUCAUUUCAGUUGCCCAAAAUUAGAUAUUUUGGCUUCUUCAUCCUAUAGUGUGUCCUCAAUACUGUAACUUACAGAUCAAGCUUGGCAUUGUUGCAAAUAGGUGCGACUCCUAUUAAAUUUAGGAGAUUCACCAGUUUACACUGUGGCUUAGUUUGAUCAGUGACUCCUCCCAGACAUAAUCACCUUAAGACACCUAACUUGGGCUGGCUCUUGUGCCUUACUGGCAUAACUAUAAGUAUUGCCAAAAAGAAAAAAGAAAUAAAUCUAUGCAGGUUAAAUUUUAAAAGAUGUGAUCCUCAGAUGGGUUGAAUCAAUGCAGUUCAGCUCUCUGAACGCAGUAGAGCUGCAUCAGUUUUCACCAGCUGAAGAUGUUGCCCUUUUUGUGUAUUUGUUUCAGAUUUCCCUUUCUUGGUGUAUCAAUGUGUAUGUUGCCAAAGUUAAUAAAUGUAUCAAGUUUGUGACUUGGGCAGAUUUUUUUUCUGAUAACAAAACUGAUCAGAUAAAGUCAACAUUUCUGUGUCUGUCUGGUGGCUGCCGCUGAUUGUGGGGAUUUAGGCUGCUCUUGCUUUUCAGUCUUAAGGCAGUUUUCUUCCUCACUUAUUGGCAGGAAAGUCUGGGAUUUUGGGGACUUGGGGCCUUUAAAUUUUUAGUUCAUAUCAUGCUCUCAUUUAAGUGGAAAUGAAAUCAGUGUCAAAUGCUCUGUUUCCUGGAUAGUAAGAUAAGAGUUGGGGGAGUUCAAAUAAACUGCAGAAAGUUGGCUGAAGCAGCCACGUGGACAAAGUAUGCUGUAUGCUUAAAACCAAAGAACCUGAUUUUCUACAUGAAAAGCUAAAAGAACUUCUGAUGAAAUAGAAUUCCUUAUUACGUGUGCCACCAGGAAAUACUUUAAAUAUUUUUCGUUUACAAGGUGGAAAUGGUCUACUUCAUAGAUUUAUUCUUUUUCUCAGGAGAUAUAUGAUUUUACUGCUGUAAUAAGGUGAAAGAAUUAUGAACUUAGUCUGAUACUGCUUAGUGUCAGUACUAUAGUAAAUUAGAUCAUCAUUUCUUCAGUCCCCUAGAUAAUCAACAGUCCAAAAUAGGAUAUCUCUUUGUAGUUAAGCUUUUUUUUUUUUUAAUACAAAGCUGGCAUUAUUAAAAAAUUCCAGCUUAGAAAAAUCUCACUGGCAAAGGCAUCUAUCAGGAAAAAGCCUUUCACCUGAAUACUGAAAGUCACAUAUUAUGAUAAUUCUAUCAUGCAAGCUGAAUCUAACUGAACUGGUAGUGGUUGUGGAUUAGGGAAGAACAACAAAGCAGAAUGAAGUUGUUCCUAUUUUAUUUGGAAAUACCUAAAAACAACUUGGAUAAAGCAAAUUGCAAAUGAAGGGUGCAACUCUGAACAGGUAAAAUGCUUUGAAAGCUUCUUGUUGCAGACAUGUAAACCUAAAGAUGAUGGAUAUCCCUGGCAUACCUGCCACAAAAUAUAAAACACAGAAGGCAGAAUUACCACUAUUGUGAGAAUAAAACAAGGACAAACUGGAAUAACUUUCUCCAAGUCAUUAAGAUUUUGUCCAGCAUCUCAUGGUUCUGUUUUUAUAGGCCAGUCUUUCCAUGGCACUUGGAUAAAACUCAGUCUUUGCCCUCAACAUAGCUGAGUGAAAUAUUUGAAAAAUCCAUAUCAAGAAAAUCCCCAAACAAAUCACACAGAGGAUUUCAGUGGUGCAUGCUAAGAUGUCACUUGAUUUCAUGCUUCUUGUUUCUCAUGCCUCAGUUCAUGAUGAAUUUGCUUUUCUGGAUUGAGUGAAAUCUUGCACCUAUCUGCAAAUUGUCUAGAGUAUUUCUUGAAAUACAGAAAUAAGUGCAAGAGUUGCAUUGUACUCUGUUUGUUGGAGUUGGUUUAAACUCUGUACUCAAGUCCUUUCUCUUUAUUGGAAAGCAUGAAAAGCAAAUUAAUCUCAGCAGUUCAAAUAAGAGGAGUGUUGCUGAUUUAGUAGACAAUGUGUUUCUUGUUGCUUUGAAACGAGAAUGCAACACUUGCUAUUCUCAAAUUAUGUUAGAUAAUAUGCAAAUCUCACCUUGUUUUAGGCUGUAACCAGAAGCUUUGAGAUGUGCUGAAGAUUAAGGCCACAAACAGGAGCUAAAGGGGAGUGUUAGGGGUGUGGAGAGGCAGAAUAAGAAAACAAACUGCUUCCCCUCUCCUCUGCCUCCCACUCUCAUCCCAAAAUGUUCCUUGUCUCUUGCAGCUCACAAGCUGAGGGAAGGGAACAGGGCUAUUUAUGUCAGUUAAUAUAAGAAUUAUUUUUUUAUAAACUCUUCAAGAAAAUUUCAGGAAACACAUUUUUUCUGCUCAUCAAACUGGCAACAGUGACUGUAGAGCUUCUCAGAGCCCAGAAUCUCCUCCUCAUGAAGCCAGGGAGCUGAGGGCUGUUACAUAAAAGGUUGGGAAUGGAAAAUCCCUGUGCAGGUCUAAUGGUAUGACAAGUGCUCAGCUAGGACAAGUCUUAACUUGCAGUCGAGUCUUAAGGAAUUCUUCUCUGAUGUGUGAGCUUUUUGUCUUGUAUAAUCUUAUUUUUCCCCUUUUCCAAAUUAUUCCCCCCCCCCCCAGUUACAUGGGCUCCUAGGGAAUGAGAAGAGACUGUAGCUAAAGGAAAGAAUGUGGAUUUGCUGGGCUACUACUGCCUAAGACCUUCCCAUGUUAGAGUGCAAGAAAAGUCUCAAACGUCAAACCACCUGUGAAUCCCUUGUGUCCUCUGUCUUGUCUCUCAUGGUCUCAGUCUCUGUGGGCGUUUGCCCUGGAGUGAUAUUUUUUGGAAUUGGUCUCCUGGGGAGGGAGUUUAGCUCUGUUCUAAACAGAGGUAGUAGACACACUAGGCACAGGGCAAGGUGAAUGCAUGCUAACCAGUGUGUCACUAGGCUGUGGAAUGCUCCACAGACUGGGUGCUGAGAGGGAAAUCCAGGCCUCUGCUUCCAUUUGGUUUCUGGCAGUUUGAUGUUUACUUGGUGUCCUUCAUGUACUUUGACUUUUACUUGUCCAUCGUUGGCAUGUGCUGCCCUUCCCUGUCAACUCCCUUCCCCAGGAGAUCUCAUUGUACAGUGCCCAUUCUUGUUCUCUCUCUCCGUGUUUGGAUGUACUGCUCUGUGUAACUCAGUGGGUCUCCCUCUUUCUGGUUUGUUUUUUUUUCUAGAUUCCUGCCGUUUGUUCAUCGUUGUGCCUAAAGCAUGUCGAUGUGGCGUUCAAGUACAUCGUCCAAAUCCUUGUCUCUUCAGCUUCUCUGAUGCUUGAACUCUCACCUUUGACCUUGUGUUGACCUUUGAUGCUGAUGUGUAUUUUUAUUUUUUUUUUUUUUUUUUUUUUUUUUUUUUUUUUUUUUUUUUGUGCUGCCAAAUUGGUUUUGCUAGAAAGACUGCUGAAGGGGAAUAUUUAAACUUGCAUUUGAAUAUAAAAAGAAUUUCUAUUUUUCUAGACCUUCGUAAGAUAACCACUUGAUUUUGUGAAUCUGAUUCUUUGUAAUUUGUCUUCAGAGCAGCCUUGCUAGCAUACCUUGUGGAGUAUUUGUAUUUCUGUGAACAUACAGCCAAUCACUUUCUAGGCUUAGUUUUUUCUGUGUGCUUAGUUUUAAAAACACAGUUCAAAGAAAAAGUCAAUUAUAUGGUGUGACUCAAUCUUUCAGGAGACUUCCUAGUCACAUUUUGCUGAUCUGGUUUCUGUGCUUGAGGAGACAGCAUGUGUUUUUAUGAGUUCAAACUUGUGACUUGAAGUGGCAUCAACAGAAAACACUUGAACUACGUUUUCCUCCGAUUGUAGCUACAUUUUUGCCCUGGCAUUUACUGAUUUUUUUUUUUAAUUAUUAUUAUUUUUAUUUUUUUCCCUGCUUCCCUGUGUGAUUAUCAGUCUGCAGUGAAAAUUUGAUCAAAGUUGAUGUUGUAUUUUGUUAAGCUCUGGCAUGCUUGGUUUUUUUGUAACUACAAUCUCCUCAGCAAAAUGUGAUGUUUUUGUUUUAAUCUUUCAAACUAAGAUAGUGCCCAGAAAUGUUGUGCAUGUUUCCUGCUGUUUUCUUCACACCCUCGUAUAUAUCACCUUCACCUCUCUGUUUUCUAUAGUUUGUGCAAAAACUGAGCAAUUUAAUGGGUUUCAAAGGUAUCCUUUAAAUUGGUGGUUUUGGUAUGACAAAUAUCUGAUCAGAAGCCACCUGAGGGCAUCUACCUGUGCACUUAGACUGUCUGCCUGACAGAGCACCUGGACCUUGCUCCAUCUCCAGGCUGUCAGAAGCUCUGAGAGUGCUUGGUUACACUGUUCGCCUAGUGGAAGUUUCAAUGGAAGGGGAUAGCUGGGAGCAGGAAGGUGAGGGAACUCACAGUAUUUCUGGUUCCAAAGCUAUCUGAAGCUAGGGCUCAUUUCAAACACUGAGCAUUUUGUACAACUCAGGGCACAUUUCUGUGAAGUCCAGCCCCAAUCUAAUAACAUCAGUCAGAGUUUGGUGGCAGGAUUCUGGAAGGAUCUAGGUUAGCUCAUGAAAUAAAGUGUUUUAAAUUUCCCAGAGAAAGCAUUUGUAACACUGGCCCUACAACUGCUGGCUCUUUUCCCAAAUGACAAGCACAAUACAACAGCCUCUGAAGCUGUUACCUGAACAGGGUACCAUCCCCAGCUCUCUUUUCAAGGGCCUUAGCUGGGGAAUCUCUGCGGAGAUUUUUUAGUUUUUGUUUAGUUUUUAAUUGGGUAAUGAGCUGAGCAGUUUUUCUGGCUUGCAGGAUGAACUAGAACAGGUUACAGCUCUCUGGGUAGCAGGCUUCCCCUGCCCUACGUACCAUCUGCACAGGUAGAAACUGGGAAGUAGCUUCUAGAUGAAGGCACCUGAAGAGUGUGUGCUGUGAUGAAGUUUCAGUCAGAAGCAGCAGCAAGCUAGUGUAGGUAUCUUAACAGUUGAAAUAAUGUGAAAUGGAAUUCCAGGAGAAGGGUUUUUGCUGAGAAAACAAGUAGAGUUUGAUUGGAUAGAAAUCUUAAUUUUGUCCAGUGUUUGGGAUAAUGUAAAGAUGCAAAGAUUGUUUUCUAUCCUACUUCUGAGUUGGUUGAGGAUACUGUAUUCUCACUAGGUAUUGACCAGACUUGUGUAGACAGUCCUUAAUCUGCUUACAAAAGAGAACCAUUUGAAUAUGGUACAUGUACCUGGGAGUGAAUCGUGAGGCUGAAUGAAAAAGGGUAGAGACUCGUUUAUUUGGGAAGUAGGGUCGGGGGCUGGCUGCUGUUAGUCUCACAGUCUGAAUGCACAGGGCUGUGUGCCAGGGGGCACUGGUACCCUGCAGUGGAUGGAGGAACUGCCAGUACGUUUCUGUACGUGUGCAUUUGGUUCCGUAAGGAACCUUGGGGAAACCUGUGGAAAAAUAUCUGAAGAAAACCAAAAUGCCAAAUGUUGGGUGUUUCUUUCCUUUCUUCUUUCCUUUUCUUCCUUUGGUUGUUUUAAUUGUUCUGUGGUGGUUUUAAUGGAUUUGAGACAGUGGAGCAGCAGCUGCCUUUCUGAUUUUUGGCUGCUUUUUGUGAAUAAUUUAAAAAGAAAAUUUACAUUUUGGAGACAAACCUGUGGGCUUUUUUAUUGGUACAAACAUUGUAUUUAACACUAGGGGUUUUGUACAGUUUUUUGCCUUUUCUACUAGAAAACAAUGUAAAGUGAUUCACAAUGUGACGAGAAAACAAAUUGCCACUAUGACCAAAUGUAGAGUCUGUUCUGCAGUUAACGGGAUUUAAUCAACUCGAAGUCGUGGUUCAGUCGUAGAAAUGCUUUUCUUUACCUUGUUUGAGCUGUUCCUUUUUUUCUUGUUUUGAUUUGCAAAACAAAAUGUCUUUUUGUGUGAAAUUGUGUUGUACUCUGUAGAGAAUUACAGAUUUUACUUUAAUGGUUUAAAAAGCAGAGGAGCGCGUGUUGCUUUUCUGAUCUGAUCACAGAGUUUGUGUAGUGGAUUUAAAAAUGAAAAGAUUUGUUACAAGUUUGGAACAAGCGAGUAUGUGUUAAAGGAAUUUUCUUCCUUUUGUGUGUGUGGUUUUUUUUUUUUCUUUUUGUCCCAAAGGGCAACUUAAAGCUGUUUUAAUUGCACAGACACACCGACAACAAGUCAUUUUGUAUAUGCCAAGUGUGGUACCUUCCUUUGUUUAUUUGCUAUUAAACUGUUUGAGAAGA